AUGUACAUCCCUUCCAAGUUCGCUCACUUUUCUGAGACGCCCAGCUCGGCGCUCAACUGGCGUCUGGCUUUUGCCGUCGUCGGCAUGGGUCUUCUCGGUGCCUCGCGUGGUAUCGAUGAAGGUCUCAUCGGUGGCAUGAUCUCGCAAAAGACCUUCGAGAAGGACUUUGGCAUCCCCGCCAAGAGCAACAAGGAGUCCAAUGUCACCGCCAUGGUUCAGCUCUUCUCGGUGCUCGGCGCUAUUCUCGGCUACCCCAUCUGCGAACGUCUUGGUCGUGUUCGCGGUGCUCAGAUUGCUUGCGGUCUCGUGCUCCUCGGUAGCACCCUUUGGGCCGCCAGCAGCGGUCACUACGCCAUGCUCCUCGUCGCUCGUGCCAUCGCCGGUGUCGGCGUCGGUCUCACGCCUAUCGUCGCCCCCAUCUUCCUCGUCGAGGUCGCCCCUAAGCAGAUCCGUGGUCUCUGCACCUCCGUCUACUCUUUCAAUGUCUACCUUGGUUUGCUCCUUGGCUACUGCACAAACCUCGGAGUCAAGGUUCAUGUCAACGCCAAGACCAACGCCAUCUGGCAGGUGCCUCUUUCCCUCAACUUUGCUCUGCACGCCGUUGUGCUGGUCUGCCUACUCUUCCUCAAGGAGUCGCCGCGAUGGCUCAUGAUGAAGGGUCGCGUUGAAGACGCCUCGGCCUCGCUCGGAUGGUACCGUGGCAUGGCCCCUCGCGACCAGGCCUUUGUCGAGGAGUACGAGCUGAUCGCCGACUCUGUUCGUCAGGAGAAGGAAGCUACCGACGGCCUUGGAUUCAUGGGCAAGGUCCGUGAGCUGUUCCUCAACAAGAACAACCAGUUCAAGCUGGUCCUUUGCGUCCUCAUCCAGAUCCUCGGUCAGUGGCAGGGACCCGGUGCGCUUUCGACCUACGCCAACCGCAUCCUCACCCUCAUCGGUGUUCACGACAGCAAGGGCUACGUCAUGUCUGCUGGCUUUGGCGCCGUCAAGCUCGCGGCUGGUAUCCUGUCUUCGUUCUUCCUGAUCGACCUGUUCGGUCGUCGACGCACGCUUUGGGUCUCGACUCUCUUCCAGGGUCUCGCCAUGCUCUACGUGGCCAUCUACCUUGGCGUCUUCAUCGACCACAAGCACGCGGCCAGCAAGCCCGCCUCGGAAGCCGCCAUUGCAGGCAUCUUCAUUGCUGGUGCAUCCUGGUCCGCAGGUGGAAAUCUCGCUCAGUACCUGAUCAACAGUGAGAUCUUCAGCCUGGACGUGCGUGCACUCUCCGCAUCGUUCGUGAUGGCGUUCCACUUCCUGAUGCAGUAUUCGACGACCCGUGCUUUGCAGCCGAUGCUCAACUCGGGUCUCAAGGGUGCGGGUACGUUCGCCAUCUUUGCCGCCAUGUCCCUCGUCGUUGCAUUGCCUGUCUACCUGUUCUUGCUCCCCGAAACGUCGGGUCAGAGUCUGGAGAGAAUUGACGAGCUGUUCGAUCUGCCCUGGUACAAGAUUGGGCGCGCCAGCAGGAGACCGGUGCGCGACGAGAUGCCCAGCCACUCCAUGCCCGCCGCCCUCGAGGGCCAGUGGCAAGGAGAGGGCAUGCACAUCUCGCACCCCAUCGACGACAAGGAGAAGGACAAGACGGACACCUACGCUGCUAGUCAGCCUGCGUACAAUGUUCGCGACGCCAAGUAG